AUGGGGAUGGGAGAUUAUUCACCUGGCAGCGUCUGGUACUAUGGCCCAAACAAAGCCGCACCCAUCGUCUUCAUCAUCCUCUUCUUCAUCUCUGGAGCACUACACGCCUGGCAGACGAUCAAGCACAAGUCGUGGCGAACAACACUACUCCUUCCAUGGGCCGCGCUCCUAAUGAUUAGCGGCUUCGCGGUGCGUCUCGCUGGUGCUUAUGACACCGAUAAUCUGGCCUAUCUUAUAGCCUCGACCGUACUCAUUAUGUCCGGGCCACCUGUGUACGCUCUGACCAACUACUUCAUUUUGUCACGACUCCUCUACUACAUCCCUUACUUAGCCCCUCUUCACCCAGGACGUGUAGCAACAACCUUCAUAGGCCUUGACGCCGUAUGCGAGGUCCUCAUUGGGCAAGGCGCCUGGCGCAUGGCAGACUCGAGCUCUACAGACGCAGAACGGCAGCUUGGCUCAGAUCUCGUCACGGCGUCACUGUGUCUCCAGGCAGCACUUUUCGGCGCCUUUGGGCUUCUCGCAGCACAGUUCCACCGACGUGCCAACAAAGCAGGAGUACUCAGGAAGGACCUGCGCACCGUACUUUACGUCAUGUACGUGAGUGCUACUAUCGUUACCAUCCGCUGCAUAUACCGCCUCGUCGAAUACAUUCUCGGCUGGCAAUCUUCCAUCUACCAGAACGAAAUCUACUUCUGGAUCUUCGAAGCUGUCAUCAUGUUCCUCAAUACUGCUCUACUCAAUAUCUAUCACCCGGGGAAGCGCCUACCUCACUCAAAUUCUGUGUUCCUGGCACGCGAUGGCGUAACCGAACGGAAAGGACCUGGCUGGGGUGAUGACAGGCCAUGGAUCAUUACCAUCUUCGAUCCUUUUGACCUUUGGGGCUUAGCUAAGGGGAAAGAUAAGAAGACACAGUUUUGGGAUAUGAGUGAUGCGGAGUUAGAAGCAGCGAGGGCAGAGAAAAAGAGGAAUAAGAGGGGCGUGCUGAAGGGCUUGCUGGACCCUUUCCAUCUCUGGGGUGAGAGAGGAUAUAUUGGCAAGUACCUCAAGAAAGGCAAGAGUAGCGGCAAAAGGAGCAACGACGGAGCGGUGCAGCUCAUAAACGCCGAGCAUCCGGAGUACAGUGGUAAGGGUACGAAUGAUGCAGUUUAA